UGUAUUGAAGGUAUGGACCACAUGAACAACGCAAAUGACUAAUGAUGAUUUGUGUUUUAGGCAUGGAAAAGCGAUUAUUACGGCAAAAUAUUACGGUCCCGAUUCAUUUCAUGGACGAGGAUCAGGAGGGACUGUAAGAUGUGUUUCACUCGUGAAUAAAAGUGAAGGAAAACAUGCUCGGUGUUUAAGAGUGAAAUUUAAUGCUAAUCCGGUCUUUGCCAGUUUACUUUGGCAACAGAUGACUUCCUCGCGUUUUUUUGGUAUUCAUUUAUCAUCAUGGCUUUAUUGCCAGUUGAGAAACAUUACAGAUGGAAACGAGCAGCUGCCCUCUGCUUUUGAUCAUGUGAUUAGUCUUGGUGAAUCAUGUUCAGUUUGUUUGCAAGGACAGCUGAGCCACAUGAACAUUCCAACAGUUUGUAAAAUUUUUGGAAACAUUGGUGUUCAGCCCCUAGCACGUUUAUGUCUGGAGCCUGAUAUCAGAUGGUCAAAGCGACUUGUUGUUGAGCUUGUAGAGUAUGUGCAGUUGCAAGAUGUGAUGGCAUGGUUAUCAACCUUAGGAGGGGCAUAUUCUGCCAUGGGAGACCAUCUUUGUAGUUAUUCUGAGAAAGCUGGUCAGAUCUCUAAACAUCAAUUACUUGUGGCCUUGAGGUUAGGGAAUCCAAUUCUUGCUGCACAUUGUAAAGUGUUUGCUGCAUUUAGCUUUAUACAACGUGGACAGCUGAAACUAGCAGCAAAGAUAAUAAGGGAACAGUAUGCAUUAGCAACAUCUGAUGGCAUUGGAAGGGAUGGUAAGCUGAUAUCAUCGUGUAAAGCUGCUUGGCACAGAAUACAAUACAUGAAGAAACAGAAAAAGAUUGACCAAGAAGUCAUGAAAUCAAUCACAUAAUAUGGAGCUUUAGCAUGUUUGAUGUACCCCAUCUGCUCUUGCCUGUAUUUCUCCUCUCAUUGCUGGAUGAACUGUGUUGUAAUUUGUUGCUUUCCUUAAAGAGGCAAUUGGAGGAAAUUUUUUAAUAAAUGCAGCGUACCCUGCAAGUAACUUACAGAUGACUGACGAUCUUGAAACAUUAUGAUUGCAAGUGCCCUUUACUCUGACAAGUUCAGUGCAUGACCGUGAGGCAAAUGCAACAAACAGAAUACCUUGUAUCAGAGGGUAAUAAUAAUACCAAUUAAUUUCA